GAUCCUUGCCGUGAAGUGAAGUUUAGAUUUUGGUGAUUGUUUUUUAUUUUUUAAUAGAAUAAACCAUUACUAUCAAAAUGAUGCUCUCUGUGUUAUUCACGUUCAUCGUUGUCAAUAUUAUUUCUAGCACAGGACUAAAAUUUGACAUGAACAGAGAAUAUUUUUACCACGGCAAGAAUUUUGUGUGUGCACAACUCCAGUGUACAGAAAACAUAAGAGAAGACACUCAAAUAUCAGCUCUUGUCAACAUGUCAGUCUAUAGGAUCACUGAACCAGAGGGGAAGAUUUUGGUGGCGUCUAUUUCAGAAUCAGAUUCAAAGCUUCAAGAUUACAAAAGGGCUGGAACAAGAGUAGAUGGGAAAAUAUCGAAAACAUUUUCUGAAUUGGAAAUCUUUUUCUCAAAUAAUUCAGACUGCAAUGAUGGCAUUUUUCUAUGUGAAAUACAUUAUGUGAAUACAACAGGAUCUAUUAAUAGAAUUGGGAAACAGACGGAGAAUUUACCCAGAAAAUCACGUGACACAUUUCUAAUGAUGAAUUUGAAAGCUAAAACAUCUGACUAUGUUAAAUCUGUUGACACAAUGGCCGAUUUUCUCAAAUCGUUUGAAGACCCAGACAGACUGAAAGGUGCAGACAUGACAAUGUCAUUACAGAUGUCACAUUCUGGUGGCGAUAAAUUCAGCACAGGCAGAAGUUUUGGUCCAACAGAUACAGAGUUAAAUAACAGUUAUAAACAGAUCAGUUCUUCAACAUUCGAGGACAUGGUGGAUGAUAAGUUAAAGAAUUUAACUCUUGAUGUAAACAAAACAUUACAGAUCAUGGAAAACAAGCUGAAUUUAAAGACCGAGUUAAAUAAAAAUAAUUCGGCUGUUUUGAACGAAUCAAUCCAAACAAUGUUAGCCAACACAAAGAACCAAACAGAACAACUCAGUAUCAGAUUACACAAGGUGGAAUUUCUUUUAAAGAAAACUGUCUCAGAAGAGAGUAUGAACACAACGAUACACGAAGAAGAUGGUUUCAAUAAAACUGUACAAGAAUUGCCAGAUAAAAACAACGAUCAACCAUUGAUUUUAAAAUCUAUGAAACAGUGUGUCAGGAACAAUAACUCAAGUCUCCCAGGACAUAUUAUUGUUAAAUUAUAUGAAGGCCAAAUGGCGUUGUGUGACACCAAAACAGAUGGUGGAGGAUGGAUUGUAGUACAGGCCCACAAUGUAUUUGCUAUAAUUAUUACAUUAAAGUAUCUUUGA